AUGAGUUGUCCUGGAAACAAGAAAAAUAUAUCUAUCAUCAGGAAAAAAUUUUCUCUCGCCAUGAAGAGGCCACUAUCUCAAAUUCAAUUUAACAUAAAUACUAAUAGACAAAGACAUGUGGAGGGACCUCGCCCCAGGGAGAUAUCUAUUGAAAUUCAGCGAAAAACGUUGCCUAUAAACAGAGUGAAGAGGAGGCUUCUUAUGGAAAUAGAGAAAGCGGAAACAGUUAUAUUAUUAGGAGAAACAGGCUGUGGUAAAACCACACAGAUCCCUCAAUACUUGCUCGAAAGAAAACUUAAUCGUGAUGGUAUCAUCGGAAUAACUCAGCCUAGAAGGGUUGCAGCUGUAACAGUGGCAAAUCGAGUUGCGGUUGAAAUGAAAACAUCCACUGGUCAAGCAGUUGGUUAUACUGUACGAUUUGAAGAUGCAACAUCUCCUCUGACAAAAAUAAAAUAUUUAACUGAUGGAAUGUUAUUACGAGAAGCCAUGUCAGAUAAUCUACUAAAGGCUUAUAACUUUAUUAUUCUUGAUGAGGCCCAUGAAAGAACAAUCCAUACUGACGUUUUAUUUGGUAUAGUAAAAGAAGCUCAAGCCAAACGGAAAUCUAGCAAUUGCACUCCUCUUAAGAUAAUCGUGAUGUCUGCGACGAUGGAUGUUGAUCAUUUUAGUAAAUAUUUUAAUGAUGCUCCUGUUAUUUAUAUUGAAGGUCGUCAGUACCCAGUUGAAAUAAAUCAUGCUGUAGAAUCCCAAGACGAUUACAUUUAUUCUUGUUUAGUUACCAUUUUUCAAAUCAACAGAGAAGCCCCACCCAAUCAUGACAUUUUGGUAUUCCUGACUGGACAAGAAGAGAUAGAAACUAUGACUGCUAAUAUUCGUGCCAUAGCAAAGGAUCCUCUAUUUAGCGGUCCGAACAUCAAAGUUUAUCCUUUAUAUGCAGCUUUGGCAGCUAGUAAACAAUUGGAAGUUUUUCACUCUCCUCCUCCGAAUACUAGGAAAGUAGUACUCAGUACUAAUAUUGCCGAAACAUCAGUCACAAUUAGCGGAAUUAAAUAUGUUAUUGAUAGUGGAAUGGUUAAACACAGAGUUCAUCAUCCUGGCACAGGGUUAGAUGUAUUAAAGGUCCAUAGUAUAUCUCAAGCACAGGCGUGGCAGAGGGCAGGUAGAGCUGGAAGAGAAUCCCCUGGAUUUACGUUUCGUGCCUACACAAAGUCCGAAUUUGAUUGCAUGGUCAAAAAUACUGUUCCAGAAUUAUUGAGGAGCAAUUUAUCCAAUGUUGUGCUGCAAUUAUUGGCACUGAAAGUAAAUGCUUUAACAUUUGACUUCUUGGAUAAACCACCUAAAGAUCUUAUAUUGGAAGCUUUUGACCAGUUAAAACAGCUUGGAGCUAUAGAUAAUUUUGAUGAUGCCCAGUUAACUCCGCUUGGACAGAAGAUGUCUCUUUUCCCUCUGGAUCCAAGGUUCAGUAAGGUCUUACUGGAAGCAGAAAAGUUUGGCUGUGUUGAAGAAAUUCUCAGUAUAGUAGCUCUACUUUCCGGAGAAUCAGUUUUUGUUAAUAACAUUGCUAAAAGAGAAGAAGCUGCUGCUGCUAGAGAAAAGUUUUCAACUUCGGCAGGAGACCACAUCACUCUAUUGAAGAUAUUUAGGGCAUACAAUUCGAUCAACACCAAACAUGCCUGGUGUUAUGAAAACUUUUUUAAUAGUCGUAAUUUGGACUAUGCAAAGAAGGUAAGGAAGCAGCUUUCUGAUCUUUGUAGAAGAUGCGAUAUACAAAUUAAAUCUUGUAACCAAGAUUUCGACAAAGUAAGAAAGUGUUUAAUUAGUGGUUUCUUCAUGAAUAUGGCAGAACUUCAAAGGGACAAGAAAUAUUUAACGGUUGGUUCGAAGCAGCUGGUCCACAUACAUCCUACUUCUGUUUUAUCUGGUUCUCUGCCACAAGUGGUACUUUUCACAGAAUUGGUACAAACAAGUAAAUGUUACAUGCGUUACUUAACGCCAAUAGAUUCCCUUUGGGCGGAUGAAAUCAAAUCUAAAGGCCCAACGAUCUCAGGUUUUUCACAAGUUGACUAA